AUCCCCAGUCUUACACCAACUACACGGAGUUCUUAGUACAAAGCAAAAAGCAGUUCUAAACAGUUACUCAAACCACAACAAUGGAAGCCUCAUCCACUUUCAUUUCUUGGAUGAUUUUGGGUCUUGCAUUAGCAAUAGGAAACAUUGUUCACACAACAGAUGCCAGGGCUUUCUUCGUCUUUGGCGAUUCACUUGUUGACAAUGGCAACAACAAUUACCUGGCUACAACUGCCCGUGCCGAUUCACCUCCUUAUGGCAUUGAUUAUCCAACUCAUCGUCCUACAGGGCGUUUCUCCAAUGGCCUUAACAUCCCUGACCUUAUCAGUCAGCAGCUCGGCUCUGAGCCCACAUUGCCAUACUUGAGUCCUGAGCUCACAGGACAAAAGCUCCUUGUUGGUGCCAACUUUGCUUCAGCAGGCAUUGGAAUCCUCAAUGACACUGGAAUUCAGUUUCUAAACAUAAUAAGAAUGUAUAGACAAUUGGAAUACUUUCAAGAAUACCAGCAAAGAGUAAGUAAUCUUAUUGGAAGUGACCAAGCAAAGAGACUAGUGAAAGAAGCGCUUGUCCUCAUCACUGUCGGUGGCAAUGAUUUUGUAAACAACUACUACUUGGUGCCCUUUUCUGCAAGGUCUCGCCAAUACCGACUUCCGGAUUAUGUCAAGUAUCUCAUCUCAGAAUACAAAAAACUUUUACAGAAGCUAUAUGAUCUUGGAGCACGUAGGGUUCUUGUGACAGGUACCGGACCACUGGGUUGUGUUCCGGCAGAAUUAGCCAUGCGAAAUACAAAUGGUGGAUGCUCAGCUGAACUCCAAAGAGCCGCUGCCUUGUAUAACCCACAACUCAAUCAAAUGAUACGAGAUCUGAAUAACAAAAUUGGCAGAGAUGUGUUCAUUGCUGCUAAUACACAACAAACGCACACUGACUUCAUUUCUAACCCUCAAGCGUUUGGGUUUAGUUCAUCAAGGAUAGCUUGUUGUGGACAAGGACCUUACAACGGCAUUGGACUAUGCACAUCACUCUCCAACUUGUGCCCCAACCGAGACUUGUAUGCAUUUUGGGAUCCAUUCCAUCCAUCUGAAAAGGCGAACAGAGUUAUUGUUCAGCAGAUCCUGACCGGCUCUACUGACUACAUGAGCCCCAUGAAUCUCAGCACUAUCAUGGCCUUGGAUAAAAUAUGACUCCAUUAACUGAGAGUUAUUGUUUUCCUAUUGGAAAUAAUUUAUUUCUUCACUAUCAUUAAUCAAUUGGCAAAAGUUUGUUUAGGUGUGUCAUGGAACAUGGGGUUUGAUGUACUUAAAUAUGUUGUUUGAUAAGUUAUCAAUGGAGAAAUUCUUCUUGAAUAA